AUGGCUGUCGCGUCUCGCAAACUUCGGCCGGCCGACUCAGUGCGUCGGCGACCUCAUAACGAUAAAGGAGCGACUUGGAAGGAGCCGCGCUUGCUGAGGGCAGAUAAUCUGACCACUUCGCCUGCUACCCGAGCCAGACCCUAUAUCACUAAAGACGGCAAGCCCAACUAUGACAAUCGCUACGACAUGAGCGUCACAACUCUCAAGCGAGAACAAUCUUCCCGGACGAAGUCGUCGGCUCGCUCUCCAGAAUCGACCAAGGAAGAGCUUCCGACUGAGGACGGAUUUCAUGCGCGUCCGUCAAUCAAGCUGCCUAUCCCUGACCACAUCAAGGCCAUGCUCGUUGACGAUUGGGAGAAUAUCACCAAGAACAACCAACUGGUUCCGCUUCCUCACCCCCACCCAGUUGAUGAUAUUCUGAGCGACUACCUCAACUACGAGCGCCCCAACAGAGAAGAUGGCUCUGCGAACAUGGAUAUUCUCGAAGAAGUCGUCGCAGGACUGCGCGAGUACUUUGAGAAGUCUUUAAGCCGGAUCCUACUGUACCGGUUUGAGCGCCCCCAGUACCAUGAGAUCCGUAAGUUGUGGGAGAAGGCUGGCGAGGAAGACAAGCACAAGUCUGUCUGCGACACUUAUGGACCUGAACACUUAUGCCGCCUGAUGGUAUCUCUUCCCGAGCUCGUUGCUCAGACAAACAUGGACCAGCAAUCCGUGGCGCGUCUGCGUGAGGAACUCUCCAAACUCACUGUUUGGCUCGGCAAAAAUGCGAAGAACUACUUCGUCAGCGAGUACGAAACCCCUUCUCAGGAGUACAUCGACAAGGCUCGGAGUUUCUAG